CAAAACUCCAACGGACUUUCGUGAAUUAAACUUUUCGUAUUGUGUUAUUAUUUUGUUAUUUUUCUUUGUUUGACUUUCUUGAUAAAUUUUGCAAAUAAAAUGUCACAGCAGCAGACGAAGAACAGCAUAACACUUCGGGGUUCUGCGCAAAUUAUUUGCGAGUAUUUAAAAUAUGCAAUCAACUCUGUUCUAUUUCAAAGAGGACUGUAUCCUCCGGAAACGUUUAAAGCGGAACAACAGUAUGGAAUCACUCUACUCAUGUCAGAGGAUGCACAAAUUAAGAGUUUUCUAACCAAUCUUCUUACUCAAAGUGAAGAGUGGAUAAUCAAGAAAAAGGUCAGCAAACUAUCACUUGUAAUACUAAAUGUAGCUAAUAAAGAGGUGCUUGAAUGCUGGGACUUCAAUGUGCAGUAUGAAGAUGGCGAUGCUGCUCUAUCUAAGGAAAAAAAUGAAACCGUAAGCAGUAAAGAUCUAAAAAAGAUACAGCAAGAAAUUAGAGACGUAAUGUUGCAAGUAGCAGCCACUAUUUCAUACUUACCAUUCUUAGACUGUAGAUGUUCAUUUGAUGUCCUAGUGCAUGCUAGGACAGACUGUGACGUACCUGAGAAAUGGGCGGAGGCAGAGCCUGUGGCAAUUCAGAACGCACAGAAUGUUCAGUUCAAAGCAUUUUCAACUGGACUCAAUAAAGUAGAAACUGUAGUUAGCUAUAAGUUAGUUGAUUAGUGUAGUUCUUAGUUGGCAGCUGUCUUGUGUUGUUUAUUUAAUAGAAUGUGUGAAUAGGUUCGCCAAAGACAAACACUGAUUU